AAGAGGCGCGCAACAAGCUUAGGGCAGAAUGCCCCAGACCCAUAAUCCCGAACAGGGUUUGCGAGACUCCAGCGGUAGACCCCAAAAUGACCCAAUUCCUCGCCAAAUCUGGGUGGAAUCCGAGAAAGGGUCUGGAGUCAGCCCUGCGUGCGUGUCAGGACAAGCUCCUGGACAUAUUUGGCCCCCUGGCAAAGAUUUUCGACUUGGCCGAGGUUGCCAAGGCCGAGGGUAAGCAGGUAGACCCUCUAGAGCUGCGCGAGUGGGUGCAGCGCGCGAUUUGCGUAGCAGGAAACGUUAACACGUCCCUGGCUAUUGAACGGCGCAAGGCCAUACUUUUCAAGGUUGAGCCUAAACUCUCCAACUUGGCGCUUACCGAAGCCGGUAAGGAGGCCCAGGGCCUGCUGUUUGGCGAGUCCUUUAUUAAGGACUUAGGACGGUUCGUCGGUGCUUUUACAGCACUCGAUAAGGCCCAAAGUUCAAUGAAGCGGGUGUUUCACGGUAGGGUCUCUACCAGGGCCGGCAGUUUCAGGGGCCGUCUGUCCGGCCGUGCCCAUUUUCAGUCCCGUGCUACGGGCAGAGGCUCCUUCUCCCAGAGACCUGCGUUCCAGGAGCAGAGGCGAGAGUCAUCAUCCUUUUUCCCUUCCCGGGGAGGAUCCUGGAGGUCUAGAGGAUACAGAGGAAACCCUGGUUCCAGACGACCUUAUGGUUGAGAUCGGUCAGUUCCGUGAUGUCCUUUGUUCUACGUCCUGGUUCGGAGGGUCGGCAGUUCGGUUCCAGCCGGUCAUGUGACGUGGACAGCUUCAGGAGGUUCUUCAAGGUUGUUCCUGGUGUUCCUGUUCGCUUCCGGAUGGAUAGCGCUUUUGUUCCCAGGCUGUUCCGGUUCCUGGUUGGCGGUUCGGUUGGACUGUUCGGUUCGGAUUUACAAAGAAAGAGGAGGAUUUGCAGGCGGUGUGGCCUGUUAUAGAGAGACUAUGGGGAGGGGCUGAUGACAUGUUUCAAUAUUUUUAUUUGUUCUUUGCUGCUAUUGGUCAGAGUAAAGAAGGAG